CAUCCCUUCCCCAACCUUGCUCUCUAUUCUAUUCUCCUCUCUUUCCAAUCUCUCUAUCAGAACCCUAGAAACUAAAAAGAAGAAAAAAAGGAGAAAAAAAAGGGGGGGAAAAUGCCGCCCAAGGCAUCGGCCGGCGGCGGCCGGAGGAAAACCGUGAGGAAAACCGUCCGCAGAACCACGCCCAGAUCCAACUCCAGGGCCAAAGCCCAAGCCCCAGCUGAAUCCCCUCCUCUCUCCCCUGCCCCUCUCACUGCCGAUGAGAGCCAUGCGAUCGAACCCAUCUCCGAAGAGACGCCGGAGAUCACCCCCAUCGCCGAUACGACGCCUGAGAUCACCCCCAUCGCCGAACCCUCCUCCUCCUCUCCUUCCAUGCCUCUGACCUCUGAGACCACCGCUUCGGAACCUGUUGCGGAGGUUGCCGCCGCCGCCGAAGAAGCACCUGAGAUCGAGGAUCCCACGGUCGUUGAGGCUCCAACGCCAGCAGCGCAGGUGCCAGAGCCUACUCCCAAGAAAACCGUUACCAGAGUUAGGAAGGUGGUGAAGAAGAAGAUCGUCGUCAAGAAAGUUCCGAAAGCAUCUGUUACAGUGAAAGACGAUGUGCAGACGGAGGAAGAAGCCGUCGUCCCGCCGAUUGUUGCUGUUGAAGGUUGUAACCCUAAUUCUGAUUCUAUCCCUCAGAAUACUAAGGCUGUUGCUGUCGAGCAUCUUGAACCUCCUUUGAUGGCGCAGGAGACGGAGGUGAAGGUUGAAAAGAUUGAAGCUGCUGAGCCCUCUGCACAGCGGCCGAGGGCUGAGGUUGAGACUGAGAAUGUUGCAUCUGAGGAGGUUAAGCAGGAACCGAUGCAAGAGGAUGAGGUUAAGCAGGUGCUGAUACAAGAGGAUCAGGUUCAGCAGGAUGAGAUGCAGGAGGAGGAGGAGGAGGUUAAGCAGGAGCAGAUGCAGGAAGAGGAGGUUAAGCAGGAGCAGCUGCAGGAGGAGGAGAUGAAGCAGGAGGAGAUUGAGUCCGGGGCAGCGGAGGAGGCUGAUGCCCUGCCUGAUCAGGAUCAGAAAGAUGGAAUUGAAGCUCAGGUUUCAGCAGGAGAUGUGGAGAAGGGGAUAUCAGAGAGGCAGCGACGAAGAAAGACAGAAAUAUUCAUAGGAGGGUUGGAUAGGGAUGCUAAGGAAGAGGAUAUAAGGAAGGUUUUUGAGACAGUGGGAGAGAUUGUGGAGGUGAGGAUGAUGAUGGAUGCAUUGACCGGAAAAAACAAGGGUUAUGCAUUCCUCCGAUAUGCUGAGGCAACUCAAGCUAAGAAGGCUGUCACAGUAUUCAAGAAAGUUGAGGUAUGUGGCAAGCUAUGUGGAGCUGCAGCCCUUGAGGGAAAUGACACAAUAUUUCUCGGAAGUAUUGACAAAACAUGGAAGAAAGAAGAUAUCAUUAAGCUUCUACAUGAAAUUGGAGUUGAGAAGAUCGAUGCUGUUACUGUUAUGACAGAUCCUAAGAAUGCAGACUUGAAUCGUGGGUUUGCAUUUCUAGAACUUGAAAGUAACAGAGAUGCUCAAAAGGCUUUCAAACUACUUCAGAAGAAGGAUGUUUUUGGCAAGGGUCGAAAUAUUAAAGUUGCUUGGGCUGAGCCAUUAAACGAUCCAGAUGAGGAGGAGAUGCAGAAGGUGAAAUCAGUCUAUGUUGAAGGAAUACCAUUUUCUUGGGGGGAAGAGCAAUUGAAGGAGAGAUUUGAAAAAUUUGGUAAUAUUGAGCGAGUUGUCCUGGCACGGAAUAUACGAUCUGCGAAAAGAAAGGAUUUUGCGUUUGUUAACUACAAAACUCGUGAGGAUGCUCUUUCAUGCAUUGAGUUAUUUGAAAAGGAGGAGCUAAUGGACAACGGUUCAAAGAUAAAUGUGAAGGUGUCACUAGCUAAACCCAUAUCAAAGAGCAAGCAAAACAAAGGAGGGUUCAAGUUUAAUAAGAAGGAUGAUAAUAAAGAUAAAACGACAUUUAUUCAGCGGGAUAUGAAAAUAAAUGGUCCAUCUAGCAAGGGGAACCUUUAUAAAGGAGGUCAAAGCAGUAGUGCUGGAGAUAGAAAGUCCACUUCAACUCAUGAGCUAUUGGAUACUUUGAGGCAUCAAACACCUUGGAAGCAGGGACAACCAGGAUAUUCAAGAGGCCCCAACUUGCAGGAUUAUUCACAUGCUUCUCAAGGAGGAAAGCGUGCUUUUGCUGCAUUGGGAGAUGAAGUACAUUACUCUGAUUUGAGAGGGUACCCCCGCCCACGCCUGGACACUUUUCCACCUGCAGGCCCAAGUUAUGGUGUGAUGUCCCAUGCCAUCCCCAACUCUUCUGUGCCUUAUCACCAACGGCCAACUGCUGGAUACACAACUGGUGGCCUCUAUGGGGCUUCUGAUCAUCCAAGCACCUAUCAGAUGAGACAGGGAGGACCUCCUUACUAUGGUGGCAACCUAUAUCCUAGAUAUUGACUAAAUAAUCAGAAUUCUCUUCAAACUGUCAGCCUUGAUCAAUCACCCAUUUCAGGGCAUUACAUUCAAGUUUUGUUUGGCUUGUGCUACAAAAUUGCGAGUUAGGGCAGAAGCUUUGGUCAUUCCUGUUUAUUUGUUGCAGUGGAGCUUGAUGUAAUAUAUUUGGUACGAUGGGCCACCAUAGCCCUAUUAGUGCCUGAAAACUAACAACCAGUAACUUUUAACUGUUCUUUUAUUGGUUGGAGUUCUUACGCUCUGCCUAAUUGUCAAUUAUAUUUACAGUAGUGAAAUUAUGAGCUACUGUAUUAUCUC